CGACAGGACAAACAUCGAUGACGCCUGCACCGCCUGGGCACAGAAAAAGUACGGUUCAAGGUGCAAAGUUGUGUCGGUCGACACCAAGGAUUUCAAAGUCAGUGAGGAAAACACCCACUACAGAGAGAGCGGCAAAAAAGAACGCAGCUCAGUUACACGUAGGCGCAAGACAUUUCCCAACAAAACGAGUACCUCUAUUCCUCGAGAAAUCAAAGACCAAAGCGCUACAAAAUACUCCUGUGGCUGGACUAGAACGAAAGGGUAUCAGGUUUCUGGAGACCUGUCUGUUAAUGUUGGACUACCUGCAGCGGUGGGUUUGAAACUAGGGGGGAAGUUGCAGCAUAUGCGCUCUAACACAAGGACAGAGAUAUCAGGCAUAGAUAAAACCUCUGAACAGGUGACGAAGUUUGAGCAGCCUCCCUGGUCAACAUGGCUCACCGAAACAGUCACAACACAGAAGGUCGUCAAAAUGCCUUAUACACAAGUCCUCCGCCUGGAGGGGACACUUUCAAUCACUCUGCAGAGGGCAAAUAGGAAGACAAAAACCGAAUUAGUGGACGUGGUUGACCUCUACCCGGGAGAAAAGGUUGAGACGGACGCAGGAGGAAAGAGGAGCGUCAGACUCACUAAUGAAGGGAUGUUUGAAGCCACUACAGAAAUGGACGAAGAAGUCACAGUAGAAGAACCAGGUCCCGACGAGUUGAUGAUGCUGAAGCACAACGAUCUGCUGAGGAACAACAGGGAGAAGAUUGUGGAAGAGGUGAAGGACCAGCGCGCCCUCUCCGAGCUGCUGGAGGUAAUGUCUUCACAAAAAGUUGUUUCAGAGGAACAGGUUCAAACUAUAUCUCAGAGUCAAUCUGUUAAAGAAGGCGUGGAUAAGCUUGUAGGUGUGUUAGAAAAGGCAGAGCCUGAGAAAUUCUUAGUAUUUUUAGACAUUCUCCAGAGAGAGGGGUACAGUGAACUUGUAGAGUUGCUAGAUCCUAGGGGGAUGUAUCCUGAUAGUGUUAGGCACAUAUCAAACCUUAGUGGUGUGGUGGAUCACUAUUUUGUCACCAAGAAAGUAAGUGAGGUCAAGGAUAGCCUAGAGUCAGGCAGGGGAGUCAUCCUUCACGGCAUGCCUGGGUCAGGGAAAACAGAAAUGGCAUAUAAAGUGGCCGGUGAUUAUGCAAGAGUUCACCCUCAUUCGGUAGUUUGGGUGAUAGAUGGAAGUUCAGAAGAGAAGAUCAAUGAAGGGAUGGCAAACCUAAAACAGAGGUUGAGUGGGGAUACCAAUGUUGAUAACAACAUGUUUCAAAGCCUUUUGUCUCGCUGGAAGCAUUUUGUCCUCCUCAUAAAUGACCUGUCCCCAACAGUCGCAAUCCCGAUAGAAAUAUUGAGCUCCUCUGCAAAAAUGGUCAUCACAACACAAGAUUCGCUCAUAGAAUUUGGAGAUGUUGCAAAAAUCCCAAUAGAUGGAUUCAUGGAAAAGGAAGCAGUCGAGUUCCUAUCCCCAAAGAUGCCACCGGGAACUACUGAAGAACAGAUGAGGGAUCUCGCCAACCUCUUCAGCUGUUUGCCUCUCGGGCUAGCAGCAGCCCGAGCCUCCAUCCAUCGGGGUAAGAUGACAGUGGAAGAGUACAAGCAGCAGCUACAUGGUAGAAGAGAAGUUCUAGAGGAAGUAAUGAGCAGAGAGGACAACUGGCUUCAGAUGCACUACAGGAAGGAACAUCAAGAAGCAGCCAGGAACAUCUUUGCAGCCCUACAACUGGUUAUAGACAAGUUGGAUGAUCAGUGUAAGUCAGGAGAGGAGAGAAAGUGCAUGAUCAUGCUGCAGCCAUGUGCCUUUUUGGACUCCAACAACAUUCCGGUUCUGAUGCUGAAAAGUGCUUUGGAAAGUCCAACGAUAGGCGCUGAUGCAUACUUCACGGAAAGGAUGAGGAUGUACUCUCUUGGCAACACUGAGGGUGCAGGAGUCAAACGUCGUUUGUCCAUCCACAGUGUCACACAAAUGGCCCUCCGUCUCCAUAUGGAGCAAGAACAACAAAGAACAUGCAUCAACAAACUUCUGCAAAUACUUGUCAAGUUCUUUGUGAAGGAUUUGACGUAUUCAGAGACUCAUAAAUUCAGCUUGGAGCUGAUGCCACACGUGGAGGCUGCUCUGAAGCAUGCGGAUAAGCUGAAGCUGAAACUGGGUGCUGAAUAUCCCCUGAUGAAGGCCAGGCUCCUGAUGGUGUACGGACAUCUGCUCAUACAGAAGGGAACUCCAGACUUGUCUAGGAAAUACCUGGAAGAAGCCAAGGAAAGUUUGCUGCAGUUUGCAGACAUACUUUCUGCGGAAAGUGUGGAAAGAAAUCCAGAUUACCACACCACUUCAAAAGAGCUGUACCAGUCACUUGCCGAUAAGAGCAAAUCCUUGGAAGAUGGCUUCUUUAAAGAAACGGUGAUAAGACGGACCAUCACUAAGCAAAACCUCAGAGCUGUACGUGACAAACUUGGCGCCGAGCACAGCACAACUCGCAAAUUGGAAAACAUGGUGGGGAAUUUUGAGCCCCUCACCAAGGAGAUGUACAACAUGCUAGUCAAGAGCGACUUGGCUAUUCCUGUAGAGAAACUUAAGAGGAUAUUCCUCCCAGAGCUGUAUAUUUCCAUACUGUUCACACUCAGUAAAGCUAUUUUAGACUUGACAUUACAUUAUUCUGAUCGUCCUUCUACCGACUGGCGCUGUUAA